GCCACAUGUGGGAGGCUGCCUGGCCUGCCAGGGGUUGCAGCAGCCUCGCGAACAGCAUGGCACUGCCUGUGGCGUGGCACCCUGCCCCUGGGGCGCAUGCUUUUAGUGCACACGCUGUGCUGCACUGCUGCACACAGCUUCCUCAUCCCCAGGCGCUCACCUGCUCUCCGUUGUCACACACACCUGCCCACUCAUCCUGCAGGCGCAAGUACACGGUCGGCAUAAUGGCAUAAGCAACCGCUUCGUGGCUGCUGAGAUAUUGAGAGCGGUGGCAGCCAACCCGCCGCCCGCUCCUCAGAGCACCCACUGCCCGCGCGCUCUGCGCCCACCCUCCUCCUGCUUCGGCUAGCAGCUUCGCCUGCUGGACAUCAACAUACCAGCUUCUGCGACCACUUCAAGGUGCUGCUUUGGGCAAGGCCAUGCGGAGGCCAGGCCCCAGCAUCGUGCUGGUCUUGGCGACCGCCCUGCUGCGCUGCGUGAUGUGUGUUGUGACCAGCUCCUCCCAGUCCGGCCUGCUGGUCAUCAGCAGGACAGGCAGCAAAGUUACCAUCCUGGCUGCCGACGUGCAGCUCGCGAGCGAUCUCUCCGCCCCUCUGGUGAACAACACUGUACGACUGUCCAACGCUGACGACAUCGAGGUGUAUGCCGACACCGUGACCCUCCUUGGCAGCCUGGACCUCGCCGGCAAGCAGAGCGGCAGCGGGGCCGGUCUGCCUGGUCGUUCCAUCAAGAUUGUUGCGCGCAGGCUGGUGUGCGGCCAGGCUCCAGGAAAAGCGCAGGCACGCUGCGUAGUCGACACAUCAGGCAUUGAUGGCGUGAAUGGCGGCAAUGCUGGCCACAUCGAAAUUCAGUCAAGCACCCUGGAAGGCGAUUUUUUGUUCGAAGCGGAGGGAGGCGAGGGUGGGAAGGGCCAGAUUGGUGGCAAUGGAGGGCAAGGUGGAAAUGGCUGGGAUGCGCCCAAUGUGAUCUGCUCACGACCAGGUAGCAUCCCCACCUUCACGGUACUUUCACAGGAGUUUACCUCCUGGGAUGGCAGGUACUUCAAUGCUGUUCAGGGGUGGCUGGACAUGGAAUUCUGGAUUACAAAUGGUAGCAGAGAAAUCAGAAGAACACUCUACUGUUGGAACAUACGACACAUUACGUCAUUGACGCAACACUCCAAUUGCUUGGGCGGUGCACAAUUUGAUCCAUACCUGCUCGCUUAUCAGGGGAGGACCUGCUCGCAAUGUUGCGCUCCCUCUUUUGUUCCCAACGUGGCAUACCUUCACGCCCAAGAUGGCACAGCUGGGGGCAAUGGCGGCAACGGAGGCGCAAAUGGAAAGAAUGGAAUGCUUGCUUGUGUGGGCUUAAAGUCUGGUAAAGCAAGAACUAGCUUGCAACAUAGACUCCCCGCCGAAACGGGACGGGAACCGGGCGAAAGCAGAGAAAGCAAUAAAACAGGGGUGGAGCAAGGCGACAUGCAACGCAAGCAGCUGACAGGGCACGCAUCGAAACGUGUGUAUGACUGGCAAAGUGGCAUGGCGCAUUGGGGAGAAACGCAACGGUACGGGAGCAUGGGCUGGCCAAACGGCAGUGCGGAACGCUAGGUCACUAGAAAAGCAGGGAAAGGCGCACUAUGUAUGCAAUGAGGGCAGCCCCGGCUCGGGGCCG